UGUGCCGCCUCACACCGCAGUUCUGCGUCCGCCACAGCGCACGGCAGGCGGCUGCAGCAGCACCAGCACCAUGAUCGGCUACUUGAGCGGGGCGUGCGAGGCGGCAUGGUGGUGCUGGUCGUGGUCUUGCCAGCUGGUGGGCGCCGCCGCGCUGCUGGGGCUGGCCGCCUGGCUGCUCACCGUCGCCCUCGACCUCCUGCACCCGCUGCGUCUGGUCGACCGCCUGCACCAGCGGGUCGUGCUCAUCACGGGCUGCGACUCUGGCUUCGGCGAGGCCCUGGCGCGCCGGCUGGACUCGCUGGGUGUGCCCGUGGUGGCGGGCUGCCUCUUCCCGGAGGGCCCUGGAGCCCAGCGGCUGGUCCAGGAGUGCUCCUCCAGGCUGCGCGUCGUGCCACUGGACGUCACCUCGGAGCAGCAGGUGCGCGACGCCGUCUCCAGCAUCCGCGACAGCCUGGACGGACGAGAGCUGUGGGCGCUGGUGAACAACGCGGGGGUGUCGGACGUGGGGGAGGCGGAGCUGGUGCCCCUGGAGGCGUUCGAGCGCACGCUGGCCGUCAACACAGUGGGCGUGGUGCGCGUCACGCAGGCCUGUCUGCCACUCAUCCGGCAGGCCAAGGGCCGCAUCGUCACCGUCGCCAGUCCCCUGGGCAGGACAGCAAUGCCGAUAAUGUCCCCGUACUGCAUAUCCAAGAGUGCCGUCAUCUCGUACUGCGACGCUCUGCGUGUCGAGAUGAAGAAGUGGGGCGUCUCCGUGUGCACGGUGGAGCCGUCCAGCUACAUGACUGGUCUGAACAAUCCCGACCAUUUCAAGGCAACAAUUUCGAAGAAUUUUCAGACGCGCCCACUCAGUGUGAGAGAGGCUUACGGACUUGAUUACGAUGAUAAGUGCACGAAAAGAAUGUCUAUACUGACGUUCCUCGCAAAAAGGAAUUCCAGUAUCGACGAAGUGAUCCACGAGCUCGUCGACGCCUGCAUCGGAAAGUACUUCCAGGUGCGGCGGAUUCCUGGCCUGUGGGAGAGAGUAGUUUACGUGAUGCUGCCACAGCUACCUUAUUUCGGGACGGACAUCAUUAGCUACCUGCUUUUACAGUGGAGAAUGACUGUACCACCUACUGCGAAAAGCUCAGAGGAGCAGAACGAAACGCACUAAA